AACAGUCUAACUUAAAAUCAGUCUAGUGGAGAAGAGCACCGGUCAUCCGUCAUUUCACUGUAGACUUGUCCCUUAGCUUUUCUCCUGGUUUGGAUGGUCGAAUUUCUUGUCGAGAUUCGGAAGUUUUAUAAAAGGAGCGGAAAUGGCAACGUUUGCCGCUCUGUUUGUCCUCGCUCUUGUCGGCUCAGCUACGGCCGCAGAGACCCAGGAGUCCUUCAGAAACUGGGUUUAUAAUGUGUAUGACAUUGGAAUCAGUGCGCAUAUGGCCGCAGAAGUGGAAGCUACUUGGAAUUAUGAAACUAACAUCACAGACCACAACCAACAAAUUAUGGUGGCUGCAUCUUCCCGAACCGCCAACUAUUCACAGUCUAUGUCGCAGUAUAUGAAAAGCACAUUCCAUGAUGUAAAUCUGGAUGAUCCUCUACUGCAGCGUUUCUAUCGGAAAUUAGCGAUGAUCGGGGACGCGGCACUGUCCGCUGAGCAGUAUGACGAGCUGGCACGGUUGAAGGCAAACAUGAGCCAGAUAUACUCCACGGCCAAAGUUUGUCGAUCGCCUCAUACGCCGCUUGCCCGUUGUAAACCAGAAGAACUUCUGGAUCUCGAACCGGGUAUUACUCGAGAAUUCGACAAUCCAGACACACCGGAACCUAUACUGGCUCAUCUGUGGAAUGAAUGGCGAGAGCAAAGCGGCAAAAAAAUGCGGGACCAGUUUAUACGCUAUGUGGAACUUAAAAACGAAGCCGCUUGGCUUAAUGGCUUUGAUAGCAAUAACGGCUUGGUCUGGAGAGCACCCUACGUCGAACCACAGUUUGGUUAUACUGAUGCAGAUUUCGUCAACGACGUCAAACGCCUGUACGAUGAAGUCAAGCCCUUGUAUCAACAGCUCCACGCCUACGUCCGAUCCAAGCUCGCGCAGAAGCACGGACCAAUACGAUCUUUAAAUGAUCCAUUGGGACCCAUUCCGGCGCAUCUUUUAGGUAACAUGUGGGCACAAUCUUGGUUGGGUACCCUUGGCUUUACGCAACUGUAUCCGGAACUGCCUAAACUCGACGUCACCCAGGAGAUGAAGCGCCAGAAUUAUACUGCUAUCAGAAUGUUUGACAUCUCCGAAAAGUUUUUCACGGACCUUAACCUGAUACCAAUGCCUCCUUCAUUCUGGCACGAUUCAAUGAUUGAAAAGCCUGCAGACGGGCGCGACGUAACUUGUCAUGCUUCGGCUUGGGAUUUCUACAAUGCCAUAGAUUUCCGAAUUAAGCAGUGCACUGAUAUUACGAUGCAGGAUCUUUUCACUGUUCACCAUGAAAUGGGCCAUGUCGAAUACUUCCUGCAGUACAAGCAUCAGCUUGUGACUUUCCGCGAUGGGGCCAACGAUGGGUUUCACGAAGCCAUUGGAGAUGUUUUAGCACUAAGUGUGUCCACUCCUGACCACUUGAAAAAGAUUGGACUUCUGGCUGGCGACACCACGAGCGCUAACCGAAUGGAAAACGAUCUCAACUUCCAGUUCUCUACGGCUUUGGAAAAGAUAGCCUUUCUACCUUUCGGGCUCAUGCUUGACAUGUAUCGGUAUGAUGUUUUUGCCGGUAUCAUUAGGCCGGAAGAACUCAACGCCAAGUGGUGGGAAUACGUUGUCAAGUACCAAGGUAUUUGCGCGCCAAGUCAACCGCGAGGCGAAGAGUACUUUGACGCUGGCGCUAAAUUCCAUGUUCCUGCUGACGUCCCGUACAUGAGAUACUUCGUCAGUUUUAUUAUCCAGUUCCAGUUCCACAAAGCCUUGUGCGCAAAAGCUGGUCACACUGGGCCUUUGUACACUUGCGAUAUUGAUGGCAGUAAAGAGGCCGGAAAAGCAAUGGCUGAUGCUUUGAAACUGGGAUCGACACAGCCAUGGCAGGAAGCUAUGCGCGUACUGACCGGCAACACCACUAUGGAUGCGCGGCCGCUUCUGGAAUUUUUCGAGCCUCUUUACAAGAAGCUCCAGGAACUGAAUAGGAAUAACCACAUUGGAUGGACAAAUCAGCCAUUCUGCGAGAGCCGCGUAUCUGACUCCUUCAAAGCCUACGUGUAUACUGACUACAAUCCACGGGCGCAAAACGUGACCUUUGCAUCGGUUGAGGCAUCGUGGAAUUACAAUACCAACAUCACGGAGUACAACAGAGAAAUCAUGAACGCUAAAGCUGCAGCGAGUGCAAAAUUCGACCAAGACGAAGCGCGAAGAAUCAAGCGAGAAUUUUCCAACAUUACCCAAAUAGGAGAUUUCACCAGCAAGCGGCUUUAUGACAAAUUGACCAAACUUGGUGAUGCCGGUCUACCGAGCGAAAAGUUCACCGAACUUCAGUAUCUCGGAACUAACAUGACGGAGAUCUAUUCGACCGCAAUGGUCUGCCGCAACCAGAGCAUUACCAAUAUCGCAGCGUGCCCUAGAGAGCAACUGAUGGCUCUGGAACCCCACAUCACCCAUGAGCUGUCGACAAAUCGUGAUCCAGAUUUUCUUCUGUACUUGUGGAAGGCCUGGAGAGAUGCCAGUGGCAAGAAAAUGCGCAGGUUCUACGAACGAUAUGUUGCCCUUAAGAACGAAGCCGCCCUAUUGGAUGGAUACGCUAAUAAUGCUGAAGCCUGGAGGUCACCUUAUGUCGAGCCCACUUUGAAUUACAAUGAUACCAAGUUCUUGGAAGACAUUGAUCGUGUCUGGAGACAACUGGAACCAUUAUAUAAAACUCUGCAUACGUUUGUGCGUCGCAAGCUAAUGCAGCAGUAUCCUACGGCUAAAAUUAAUCCCCGCGGUCCUAUUCCCGCCCAUCUGUUAGGUAAUAUGUGGGCGCAAACAUGGGGUGCUAUCCAAAACUUUACCCAACUGUACCCCAACAAAGAGCCACUGGAUGUCACCCAAGCAAUGGUUGACCAAGGCUACACUCCUCGCUAUAUGUUCAAUGUAUCCGACAAAUUCUUCACCGAUUUGGGCUUGGAACCCAUGCCUCAAAGAUUCUGGGAUUACUCUAUGCUAGAGAAGCCAGAAGAUCGCUUGGUGACCUGUCACGCGUCGGCUUGGGAUUUCUACAAUCAACAGGAUUUCCGCAUAAAACAGUGUACUGCCGUUACAAUGGACGAUUUUAUCACCGUACACCACGAAAUGGGACAUGUUGAAUACUACCUACAGUACAAGCAUCUCCCAGUUCCAUUCCGUCGAGGAGCCAAUGACGGCUUCCACGAAGCCGUUGGUGAUGUCUUGUCACUGAGUGUUUCCACACCGGCACAUUUGAAGAAGAUCGGUCUGCUUCCCCCCAACACUCCAACGAAUGAUAACCAGCUGGAUCUAAAUUUCAUGUACUCCACUGCUUUGGAAAAAAUUGCAUUCUUGCCAUUCGGUUUGAUGAUGGAUAUGUAUCGCUACGACAUCUUUAGCGGCAAAAUCCCACCAGCGGAAUAUAAUAUGAAGUGGUGGGACUACCGGCUGAAAUACCAAGGAGUCUGUGCCCCUGUGAAUCGAUCGGAGGAUGACUUCGAUCCUGGUGCAAAAUAUCACAUUCCCGCGGAUGUCCCUUACAUGCGGUAUUUCGUGAGCUUUGUCAUCCAGUUCCAGUUCCACAAAGCACUCUGUGCUGCUGCUAACCAUACGGGACCGCUUUAUCAGUGCGAUAUCGACGGUAGCAAAAAUGCCGGCAAACUUUUGGGGGAUGCGUUGAAGAUGGGCUCGUCUAUGCCGUGGCAGGACGUUAUGGAAACAAUUACCGGAGGCAGAGAAAUGGAUGCCAGACCACUCAUCGAGUUCUUCGAACCCUUGACCCGGCACUUACAGGCCAUCAACGAUGCCAACCACGACCAAGAUGGGUGGAGCGAAGACCCGAUAUGCGUACCAUUUGAUGGGACACUUCCCACAAAACAAACCACCGCUUCACUGCAUACGACGACCUUCCGGCCUCCCGUCACUGCCGCUCCAGGGGAGAUUCCGUCUUAUCUGGUUAAUCCGCUGAAUAUCACGUGCCGCCUGGGACGGGUAGCGUUUCCGGAACCCGAUUUGGAUCUGGUGGACGCAAUGACGACCGUGUUCGACGGCGACAACACGCUCUACUGCCGCGUGAUACUCCACGAUCUGCAUUCGUGGAUUGUCGCAAAAACCGGCGAAACAAGACAGAAACGAGCGUCCUUUUACGAGCCCAUUAAAGUAGAGUGUACCCGGGGAAAUCUUACCGUGUCCAGUGUAGACCCCGGCACAACGGAAUCAACCGGUUUGGUCUUCCGCACCGGCGCUUCUAAAAGAUGUAUUGAGACUUAUAGAGAAUUUUUGGAUUACAUGACAGGCUUUAAAGAUGAUCGGGUUGUCUAGUCUGUCAAUAUAAUCGUGUGCUUCCCACUGUUCGGUGCUUUCAGAUUGAUGGUAUCGGAAGUUUUUGCUUGCUUGUUACCACGAAGUAAAUAAUCGUAAACGACAGUGG